GUAGUUCCAUCAAGUGACCUUCAUUUCAAUUACCAGUCUCAAGCGUGCCUACAAGUAAUGGUGGGAGUUAAGAAAAUUAGGCGCAGUUUAUUAGCUUUUUAGCAUUAUUAGCAUUAUUAGUGACUAGAGGCAACCAAUGACGCUUUCCCACGUCCAUUGGCAAGAUUAUAUGACUUGUGGCAUCUGCUUGUGACUACAGUAACAAGAACACUUCAGUGUUUUGCAUCAAUUGGACGCCUACACUUCUCUGUAUGCUCGUCUACCAAUGAUUGUUCUGCAAGGUGUUUCAGCAACUCGCUACUAGGCUUAUUCACAUCUGCUUAACAGAAAAAAAAUAAGUUAGCAAUGGAAAGUUCAUGUCUAUAUGACCCUGGUAGCAAGAUAUCCAGCAUCAGUUUGGUGAUCGUUACAAUUUUGGUUUUGGUUGAUGGUUUCCAAGGAGAUAACUGUUUCCAUCGCAAACGUGUUUUUAUCGCUGCAGACAAUCGUACACUUCAGACUUCGACAUUUAGAGAGGAACAGGUCAAGUCUACUGUCCGCUGUGUUAGCUACUGUCAUGCUGAUAACAACUGCCGAUCUGUGAAUUAUUGUAAAACAGAACAACUUUGUCAAAUGAACAAUUUGACAAGGAUGCAAUAUCCUGCUGAUUUCAUUACACACUACGGCAGUGUGUACUUUGAUGACGAUGUAGACACAUCUCUCUUCUCUGUGCCUCAGUUCAGAGGUUGUGAUGAGGUCCUUCAAACUGGUCAUAAUGUGAGCGGUAUCUACACGAUUUUCCCAGCUGGAUUCAAUGAUGGGCUACAGGUCUACUGUGACAUGGAGACUGAUGGAGGAGGAUGGAUCGUCAUUCAGAGGCGUCAGGAUGGCAGCGUUGACUUCUACCGCAACUGGGCUGGCUACCAGGUUGGCUUUGGCAGCUUGUCUGGUGAGUUCUGGCUUGGUAAUGACAACCUACGCAGCCUGACUGAGACUGAAGGUAAGUGGCAACUACGAAUUGACUUAGAGGACUGGGAGAAUAACACGGCAUGGGCUGAAUAUGACGACUUUCAGAUUCAUGGAGACAACUACACACUCAGAGUCAACCCGUACAAUAUUUACAGCACUGCAGGAGACUCGCUCACAUACCACAAUGGAAUGAUGUUUUCAACUAAAGACAAGGACAAUGACAUAUACAUGUAUGGGAUUUGUGCUAGACAGCACGAAGGGGCGUGGUGGUAUAAUCAAUGCUAUAACUCAAAUUUAAAUGGAAGGUAUGGGCAAGGGCAAUUUGCGGAUCACAUUGUAUGGCGGAGUUGGAAGAGCAAUUUCUACAGUCUCAAAAGCUGUUCUAUGAAAAUAAAACCUUUGUAAAAAGUGUGAC